AUGGACUCAACUAUGAAAGAUGCGCCUCCAGAGGGAAAGGGUGCUGUUCCGGUGACGAAGGAUGUUGGCAAUGCGGAAGCAGAAAAGUUCAAGGAUGAGGCAAACAAGCACUUUGGAAAGAAAGAGUACAAGUUGGCUAUAGAUUCUUACUCAAAAGCCAUCGAGAUGGACCCCAAUGUUGCACCCUAUUUCGGCAACAGAAGCUUCGCUUAUUUACGCACCGAAAUGUUUGGUGCAGCCUUACAAGACGCCACUUCAGCCAUCACGUUAGAUCCGUCGUACAUCAAGGGCUACUACCGCAGGGCAGCGGCUUACAUGGGUCUAACGAAAUUCAAACUCGCUCUGCGGGAUCUCGAAGCAGUGGUAAAAGUUAGGCCUAACGAUGCGGACGCGAAGCUGAAGCAUCAAGAGUGCAAGAAAAUUGUUCAACGAUUAGCUUUUGAAAAGGCGAUUGCGGUCGACGAAGUCAAGGUCUGUGUGUCAAGCACUAUCAGCGUCGAUGAAAUCGAUGUGGAAACAUCUUAUACGGGUCCAAGAUUGAAAGACGACAAGUUAGUCACGAAAGAGUUUUUAGUCGACUUGUUGGAAACGUUCAAACGACGGGAGAAGUUGCAUCGCAAGUACGCUUACCAGAUUUUGCUGGACAUCAAGGCGUAUUUCGAAAAACAACCUUCGCUGGUGUCUGUGAAUAUUCCACCCGAAUCCAAGUUCACGGUUUGUGGUGAUAUUCACGGGCAAUUCUACGAUCUCGUCAACAUUUUCUCGCUGAACGGGUUGCCGUCGGAGACGAAUCCUUACCUGUUCAACGGGGAUUUCGUCGACCGCGGUUCGUUCUCGGUGGAAUGUAUUUUCACGCUGUUUGGGUUCAAGUUGCUGUUGCCAGAUCAUUUUUUUCUUGCCCGUGGGAACCACGAAACGGAGACAAUGAAUCAGAUGUACGGCUUUGAAGGAGAAGUUAAGGCGAAAUACUCGGAUCAGAUGGCACAUCUGUUCACGGAAGUCUACAACUAUCUCCCGUUGUGCCAUUUGCUCAAUGAUAAGGUCCUAGUUAUGCAUGGAGGCCUUUUCUCGAAAGAUGAUGUUACUUUGGAUGACAUCAGGAAAGUGGAUAGGAAUCGACAGCCACCAGAAGAAGGUUUGAUGUGUGAGCUGCUGUGGUCAGACCCGCAACCCGAGAGAGGAAGAGCACCUAGUAAACGUGGAGUUGGAAUCCAGUUCGGGCCCGAUGUGACUGAUAACUUUUUGAGACACAACGAUUUGUCUUAUGUCAUUAGAAGUCAUGAAGUGAAGCCCGAAGGCUACGAAGUCGCGCACGAUGGCAAAUGUAUCACCAUAUUUUCAGCUCCAAAUUACUGUGAUACCAUGGGUAACAAAGGUGCCUUCAUCACUAUGAACGGCAGGGAUCUUAAUCCAUCGUUUGUUUCAUACGACGCAGUGCCGCAUCCUGACGUGAAGCCGAUGGCGUAUGCCAACAGGUUGAUGUCAUUGUUCACGUGA